AUGACGACUCCCGAAGAUGCAUUCCAGCGGCUCGCCGGCGUCUUUGCUUCUCGAGGCAAUGCGAUCCUCGAAAUCGAGAUCAUCCCGCCGAGUCUAGGCUCUCCCUUUCUCCGGGAUGUCUGCUCUAUUGGCAUCACCAAAAAGGCUCUGGUGCAAGCCUUCACGGUCGCACGACGGCUCUUCGUCAAACAUCAAGCGUCUAUGACAGCCGAUGCCUUGCUCGCCAGUCUUUUAAAACCGAACAUGACACCCGGCGAGGAAUCAGAUCUUGUUACCACCGAGAUCGUCUUGCUCUUCGACUGCGAGCACCUGACAGCCUGUAACUGGCGCAAACGUCGACUACUAGCGGCCCUGACGCGCCGGCAGAAUGCUUCGAAUCAGACACGCGAGUUGGUUCAAAUGUUCAAGACGGAGCUCACGCUCCUGCAGAGCUAUCAAUGCUCACCACUGCAUAGACAUACGAAAUCUCCCACCCUGUGGUCCCAUCGACUGUGGGUGCGGAAGCAGCUACUCCAACUUGAACUACAGAGCCCCCAAGCUUUGUUGGAUCUGGAGCGCGAAGAGCUGGACGUAGUCCUUCGUGCCGCCGCGCUUCACCCCAAGAACUACUAUGCAUUCACCUACAUGCGCCAGAUACAUGCUCUCCUCGCAAGCACCGCCACAUCCGCCAAGGGCCAUCCAAGUUGGGCGGGGGAACUGGCAAGAGUUCUCCUGGAUCCCGUGUUGGACUGGUGUCUUGCCAGACCACGCGAUAUAUCUGGCUGGACUUUCGAGAUAUAUUUACUUGGUCACGUUUCAGAGCAGUCGGCCCGAUCCGAAACUGUCGGCAGAGUGCUUCGCUUUGCGCGAGAUAUCGGGUGGGAAGGCGAAAGCCUGUGGACGUUCAUUGACCAGGCGGUCCGACAAUUUGGCCUGGAGAGCGUGGUGGAUGAGACUUUCCUGCAUGAUACAGAGCAGGCACCGCAUGUACCUGCACCUGCGUCUACCACAGUCGACCAGCAGCCUCCACCGAAAUGGCCGUGGCGUGCCCGGCUGGCGAGGGCCCGGGCUUACUGGGCUGUAUAUGGACACGGUCAUGGGCCCGGUCACGAUACAUGA